CAGGGGCGGACUGACCAUUUGGAAACUCGGAAACCCGAGGGCCCGGGGUCAGUAGGGGGGCCCCAUGAGAUGCCCCUGGUACCUUUUUUCAUAGGCUUUUUUGAGUUUGGGCAAGGACACAGGGUCCCAUGAUCCCCUAUUGCCCGAGGGCCCCAUGAGUUGUCAGUCCGCCCCCGCAUGAAGUGCCAGUCAGUGCUGCCUAUCAGUGCCAUGUAUCAGUGCUGCCUUUCAGUGCCCAUCAGUGAUGCCUGUCAAUGCCCAU